AUGGAGCCUAAUAAUGAACCUAAUAUGAAGCCUAAUAAUGAACCUGAUAUGAAGUCUAAUAACAAACCUGAUAUGGAGCCUAGUAAUGAAUCCGAUAUAGAGCCUAAUAACGAAUCUGAUAUAGAGCCUGUGGAAUCUAAUAUAGAGCCUAUGGAAACUAAUCUUGACUGUAAUGAUGAAAGUAGUGAUGAAAGUAGUGGCUGGACAUUUACACUUAAUAUUUUUAAUGGUGGAAUACAGUCUUCACAAAGGGCUGAGGCAACUAAUUCUGUUAUUAAAAAACAGUUAAAUUAUCGAAACAUUAGCCUUUACGAUCUAUUUAUGAAACUUGAAAAAAAACUUGCAACUGAACCUAUUGAUGAUAUUAUUAAAAAUUUUUUAAUGCCAACAAGUUUAAAAAAGCAACAGGAUCAAAUGAAUCUUAGUGCACAAUAUUAUGUAACAAGAGUUUCACAUGAAGAUCAAUAUAAUAAGCAGAUUCAAGAAAUAGAUGAUAAAUUUGAACAAUUAGCAGUAAUUUCGAUUUCUCAAUUUGAUAUUAGCAAUUUCAAAGUUGGUGUACAACCUAAUUAUGAUACUCAAGCUAAAACCAACACUAUUUCAUUGUUACGUGUGGGUAUUAAAGAUCUAGACCAGAAUUUAGAUAAUUAUCAAAACAUUCAAAAAAGAUAUUAUACAAAUCAAGAAAAGAUCAAAAAAUGGACAUUUUAUAGUAAACUUUGGGAUGUUGCUUGUAAAGCUACAGAGAUCGCUACAAAUACUGAAGAUUAUAGUCUUUUAAAAAUACUUAAUAAUUAUAUAAAUAGAUCUAUACAUGAGUCAAGCUUUCAAACUGAAUCUCAAAUAAGUAGUUCUAGCAAAGAGAAUCAGGUUAUAGAAGAGAAUAAUGAAGUUAAACAAAUUCAAAAUCCAAUUAAAAGAUAUGGAAAAGGAAGACCUUCUGGAAGACCUACCAAAAAAUUGCGCAUACAGAAUAGUUUAGAAAAAGAACAAUUAGCUACAGCUUCUCAAAAUAUUGAUAAUAAUAACUCUAAUAUCAAAAAAUACAAAUGUAGUUUUUGCAAUUCAUUGUCUCAUAUGAAGGCAUGUUGUUCUUUAAAUCCUAAAAAGAAUAGACAACUGCUACAAGAACUUCCAUUAUAA